AAACCAAAAUAACACCACAAACCGAUACUACCUCAUACAAAAGAGAGUGAAAGAAAUUAAGGAGAAACAUGCUUCUUCAUAUUAUCCUCCUCUCUUUGUUUGCAUUUCCAUUUUCAAUGGCCUUGGGAACUCUUCAAGGUUCCACCAUUAACACAAUAGCAAAGCCAAACUGUCAAACUCGCUGCGGGAAUAUAACAGUUCCUUACCCGUUUGGCAUUGGGAACGACACGGAUUGUUCCAUCGACAACUCAUUCCACGUGACUUGUAACAUGACUUACGAACCUCCAAAGUUAUUCCUCCGUUCAAGUGACAUUGAAAUAUACAGCAUAUCAGAUUCGGAGCUCCGCAUUGGCACCGCGGUUUCUUAUGGGUGCUACAACAAAAAUGGAACUCUAAUAGAUGAUUUUGAUUUUUGGAUUCAGUUAAGUGCAUUCACUUUCUCUCAAAAGAAUAAGUUCACAGUCCUUGGGUGUGAUGAUUAUUCUUUUAUCAGAGGGACAAACGGUGUAGAUUUUUCUAAUGGCUGUUUGGGACUCUGUAGCAAAGCACAGGAUGUGCCUGAUGAUGGGCAGUGCUCAGGAAUGGGAUGUUGUCAGACAUCUAUACCGAAAGGCCUGAGUAAAUACAAUGUUACACUCUACACCUUCAAUAACCACAGAGCUGUCUUUCCCUUCAACGAUUGUGGCUACGCGUUUCUUGGUGAGGAAGGCAGUUUUGAGUUCCGUGGCGUCCAUGAUUUAUAUGCUGAUUCAGAUGUUGUGGAGAGGAUAGAGUCAACUGUCCCUGUUGUGGUAGAUUGGGUUAUUGCACCCAAAGAGGGUUGCUCUGAGUCUUCCGCAUGCAAAGAAAACAGUUCCUGCUAUGAGGUUGAUGGUGGUGGGUAUCGUUGUAGAUGCAACAAUGGUUACGACGGUAACCCCUAUCUUGAUCCAGGCUGCCAAGACAUCAACGAGUGCGAGGAUCCGGAAACCAACCCUUGCUAUGGUGAUUGCAUAAAUACUCUAGGGAGUUACAAUUGUACGUGUCCGCUAGGAUCUUUUGGUGAUGCAAAAAUAGCAAAUGGUUGUCAAUGGCAUAAAGAUUCAAAAUUUUCUACAACAACAUUAAUUAUAGCAACGGUGUUUGGACUUUUAGCUAUACUAUUGGGUAUAGCGGGGAUUUUAUAUGGUAUAAGGAGGAGGAGGCUAACAAAGCUCCAAGAAAAGUUCUUUGAGCAAAACGGGGGUGUGUUGCUAAAACAAAAGAUUAAUUCACAAGGGUCUCACGAAGCAAUGACUUUGUUUAGCACAACACAACUUCGUAGAGCCACUCGUAAUUAUUCUAAAGAUAAUAUUAUUGGUCGAGGUGCUUAUGGUAUAGUGUACAAGGGAAUUUUGUCUGAUCAACGUGUAGUUGCAAUAAAGAAGUCAAAAAUAGUGGAUGGGAGCCAAGCAGAGCAGUUCAUAAAUGAGGUCUUGAUCCUUACACAAGUUAUCCAUCGAAAUGUGGUAAAGCUUUUAGGGUGUUGCUUGGAAGAGGAAGUCCCUAUACUAGUUUACGAAUUCAUCUCAAAUAACACUCUUUACCAUCACAUUCAUUCUGGAUUAGGUGGAAUGAGUUGGUUAUCAUGGGAAAAUCGAUUGAGGGUAGCUGUUGAAGCUGCCAGUGCACUUGCAUACCUUCAUUCAGAAACCAUUAUGUCAAUCAUACACCGAGAUGUCAAGUCUACCAACAUAUUACUAGAUGAUAACUACACUGCAAAAAUUUCUGAUUUUGGCGCAUCAAGGUUAGUCCCAUUACAUCACGAACAAGUAACUACUCUUAUUCAAGGCACACUAGGGUAUCUAGAUCCAGAGUACUUCAACACAAGCCAACUAACAGAGAAAAGUGAUGUAUAUAGCUUUGGAGUGGUCCUUGCAGAACUCAUAACCGGGAAAAAACCAAUUGGUGUUGACAGAUAUAAUGUUGAAAAGAAUUUAGCAACACAUUUUGUCAAAUCAGUUACAGAAAACCAUUUAUACGAAAUUGUUGAACCUCGAAAAUUGCAUGAAGGGACACUUGAGCAAAUACAAGCCGUAGGUGAUCUCACAAAAAGAUGCCUUAGUUUACAAGGCAUAGAUAGACCUACAAUGAAAGAAGUGGCAGUGGAGCUAGAUAGGUUAAGGAAAUUCACAACUCAUCCUUGGGUUCAACAACAAACAUUUCAAGACACUAGAAGCUUAGUCCUAGAAGUUGAGCACUCUGAUCUUUACGAGGUCCCAUUAGUUUCUUAUGGUACUCGUGACGGGGAAUCUUACUCAAGCAGCACAGACAUGGUGUUUGAAGAAAACAAACCACGUUAAACUCUCUUUGUAGUUCUUAUAAUGUCGAUUGUGUGAGCAUCACCAUGUUUUUUGCAUUGAUUAUAGUCAGCAAGGUUAUAAAUAUUGUCAUUAAUGUUAUCAUGUAUAUUGUAGUAUAUGUCAGCAAGGUUAUAAAUAUUGUCGUUAAUGUUAUCGUGUAUAUUGUAGUAUAUCCUUGUAACAAUUUGUUACAUUUCCAAAGUUCUACCUCAUGACUGAAGGGUUUUUAAAAUGGAUGGAGC